CACACACGCACACCCGUAACCUGCUCUGCUUUACUAUUGAAAAUAGCGGCGUGACUGGGUGGACCACCAUUGUGAAUAAUGUAAACAAGAAUACCCCUUUAUAUAUACCCAUCCAGUCAGCAUUGCCAAGUUCACGGAAGGGAUAACACAGCGAGAUCUGGGGUAAAAGUGUCUCCUUGGCUUAACCCAAUAUUAGUUUAUGGAACUAUAUCUUUUUCAGUCUUUCUAAUUUGACUGUGCUGGAAACUGUUUUUUGUGGUUGGUGAGAUGUUUCAACAAUGGAAGAAGACAUGUUGCUAAUCCAUGGUUUCACAAAAUGGUGGACGUAGAAGGUACGCUCAUCCAGGAAGUAGACUGAGUGACACGCCUUGUCUGGGCAACACGUGUUCCGGAAACAAGUACCUGUGUGAGAUAUGUCGGGAUCACUGUUCCUCCCGUGCUGUCUGUGGACUGCCAAGGACGAGGAUGGGGAGGUGUACACUAAAACAGAACCACCAGCAGGAGCGGAGGAGAUCUCUGGAGCUGUGAGAGAAGAGAAGGGUGCCAAAGACGCUGGGCAUCUUGGGGGUGAGGAGGAGGAGCAGGACUCUGUAAGACCUGGUGGCGGGGACAAUACAGGGGUGGUGGAGGAACCAGAGGACACCAAUACGACACAGACAUUUCAUCAGCAUGGUGAAAGUGGAGAUACAUUAUGCGAGGAGAAAGCAGAGGAAACCAGGCCUACAAAUGAAACUGAUAAGGAUGAACACGAAGAUGAACUGAAUCAGGAUUACAAGAGAACAAAGGAACUAGAUGAGCAUGAUGAAAGCAAGGAUCCAUCAGAUCCAUCAAUGAACAGGAAAUCACAGGACGCCAGGACCACACAGGAAUGUGAUCACAAUGAGGAUCCAUCCAGGGAGGGAGAACCAGGUGACACUGGACCAACACAGGACUGCGGUAAGACUGAUCCUUCUUUUGAGAGGGACCAACGUGGGACUACACCUGGAUCUGAUCAACUUUGCUCAGUUGACGAUACAGUCACAGGGACACAGGGAAUUGACCAGCAUUGCGGGAAGUGAUGAUUUGUUGAUCAACAAGGAACUAGGGAUCUCUGGGACACCACCGGGAUCCGAUCAACACGACACAGUUGAAGAUACGGGGACCAAGAGAGGAUCAAUUGCAUCUUCAGGAUCGGAACAGAUUGGGCCACUGGGAGCUACGGACUCACUCCUAGAGAAUGAGAACACACUGAAAGAGACUGAGAUCAAACCAGAGGAGGAUGAGACCACACUUCAGGAACAUGAGAUAACACCGCAAGAGAAUGUGACCACGCGUCAGGAGCAGGAGACCACACCACGCGUCAGGAGCAGGAGACCACACUUCAGAACGAGAACGCCGCCGCAAGAGCAGGAGACAACUCCACGUGAGACUGACACAACUCAUGAACUCUGUCAACAAGAUGGAAGUGAAGACCCGUCGGAGGUGGACUAUUCCCAGGUGGCUGGUACCACACAAGACUUAAAUCAAGACCCCGAAAACAGGGAUCCUCCGAGUGACAGUGAAAUACCCAUCACGAUUCCUGGACAAGAAUUCGAAGAUCAGGUUUUAUCUGACGAUACAGGGAAUGUAAAGGAGCCACCAGAUGUUGAAACUACAGGGGAAGGUCACAGUGAACUAGAGGAUGCGUCAUGUGACAAGGAGCAACAGGACCAUGAGGCUGCACAGGAUUAUGUCGAGCAAGUAUUAAGUGAGCUGGAACAUGCUGCUGAUGACGUUGAUGUUGACGUUGACGUCAGUGAGACGUUACAGUUUCCUAAUCAAGAAACCCAACAACCCUCUCCCGACAAACGCCUGGACACCGCUCUCCACGACGCCUGCCGACUUGGUGACCUACAGCGAGUGAAGGACAUCCUGGCCGAGGGACAACUGGACAUCAACUGUAGAGGAAGUGGAGGACAGACACCCGUGAUGACUGCAGUACGAAAGGAACAUAAACAAGUGUCCCACUUCCUUGCCGAUGAAGGAGCUGACUUGUCGCUAAACGCUGACGAUGGUAACAACGUCCUUCACUACGCCUGUCGUGGAGGACAAGUCGAAAUGGUGAAGACUGUCCUGGCCACGAAUAUGGUUGACAUCAACAGUAGAGGUCAGGGCGGGAGGACACCCCUAUUAUGGGCAGCUGGGUGGGGUCGUGCCGCCAUCUUUGAAAUUCUUGCGCAGGAGGGGGCUGAUCUGACGGCAGUGAAAGAUGGCGGUAACAACAUCCUCCAUGUCGCCUGUCAUGGGGGCGAUAUGGUGAUAGUUAAAUAUAUCCUGUCUCAGGAUGUGGUGGACCUCAGCGCAAGGAACAAUGAUGGUGAAACAGCAGCCAUGAUAGCCAAACGACGUGGACAUUACCCAAUUCAGAAACUUCUUGCGUCUCGUGGUUGCCCCUUGAAGUAAGGCAUAAGAGGCAGUGAUUGCAAGAUAUGUAUUAUAUAUGGUUUCCUAAGAGCUGACAUAGAGUAGAAAAACUUCAAAUGUUGACUUCAUGAAUCAGAGAUAGUUAAAACGUUGUCGAUGCUUCGCGGUAUACACCCGUGAAUACAGAUUCCAAUCACCCGUGAAUAUAUAUGUCAACAUUGCAGUCGCUGUUCAGGCAGUGUCCAAAAAGAAUGGAAUUUGACUUCAUCGGUCAUUAAAGCAAUAAAGCUACAUAACCUUUUCCACCUCCAGGAAUAUAUAUGGGACAAGUCAAACUAGGGAAUUGCGUCAGACACAACUUUUGUCAACGAUGCUAUCAUUUAUUUGAUAGACUUUAAACAUAUACGUGUCCUAACUCCGUCGUAUUUCAUCCGUACGUUUUCGUUUGUUUUGUUUGUUUGUUUCUUGUUCAAUGCUGGACAGAGCAAUGUUCCAGCUGUUUAUUGGCUGUCUGUAAUUAAUCCAAUCUGGACCCAACCAUCCUGUGAUCAACACCACGAGCAUCGAUCUAUGCAACUGGGAUACGAUGACGUGUGUCAGUCAGACCUGUCCACGUGAGCUCGUUAGUUGCCUCUUAUGACAAGCAUGGGUUGCUGAAGACAAAGUCUAACCUGGAUCUCCACGGGUACCGUACGUAUAAAAUGGGUGAUGGAAGAACGUACUGUGGACAACGUAUUGACAGUGGCGUAACUUCGGGGAAAAUGGGAUUAAUCAAAAUCACGUUAACUUGGCAUUACUUGUGGUGAUUAGAAAUGGACUAUCACCCAGACAGGUAUUUGUCGAGCUCUCAUCAACUCAACUAGUAGGUACAAAUGUUAAUCAGUGACAGUUCCAAUGAGAGCUGCAUAGAUAAUCAGAAUUAUUUCAAGGACAGUUAUCACUCCCAGAUGAAUUAGUAACAAGUAUAAUAAUAUGACUUUUGUACUUUGUAAUUAUUACCCUGUGUGCUACCUCGGCAUAUGCAUUCACGUUUGUAGUGCCACACGGAGUAUUAUGAAUGAACAUAUAGAUGCACUUUUUAUUGUGUUGACUAGUAGCAUAGAUAUCUUAAGUUUCCAUAUUUAACCAGAGACUUAUAAACAUAACUUCAAACACGUGAGAGAUGGUUACAAAUACAUUAUCAAAUCUGACAAUACUUCUUUCAGUUUUCAUUUACAUUACAAUUUACAUUUCAGUUAGGAAAGUGAGAUUGUUCAAAUUUGUUUCUGUUCACCCAGCAGAAAAUGGGUACCCGGUGGGAUAAGUCAUGUGACUAUGAACCUUCUAGCGCCUCAUGGGCAGCUUGGGUUAUCCAGGGUUAUACUAAUCAGAGUAUAUUUGUGCUCUUAAAGCAGGACAUGAAGCCUGGAAAGGCGCGUUAUAAAUAUUCAGCAUUAUAAUUAUUAUUAUCAUUAUAAUUACAAAAACCGGUUUUCGAUAUUCUCCUGACCCUCGGUGUAUAUAGCGGUGCAUUGUGACCUCAAUAAAGUUAAAGAAAUGUU